CCGGCCACGUGACAACCGGCCACGUCCGUCUCUCCGUGCGGAGGGCAGUGUCGUUUUCGCUGAGGUCUCGGGCUGAGCCGGUAAAAGGGGAAGAAACUGCAGAGAUAUGCAAACUUACCAGAACGUCCUGUCAAGGUUCGACAGAAUCACUCAAUUCAUCAUGAUCUGAAUGUGGCCAGCCAUUGACUAUUGAAGGAGAAACAUUUGUUUUGUCUCUUGGGGGAAAGAAUACAAAUAUCAGCACCGAGACAAACACAUCAGAAGUGAGUGUUCCAAUGCACAGACUGUGAAAGGAACUUCAACCAUUCACACAGUUCAAAAACAAAAUCACCGUUUGAGCAGGGAGAGACUGUAGGUGCAGUCUAUGCAUGGGCAAGUUUCAACUGAUCAUUCACCCAGAGAUAUAAAUCUGCCUACACCAUGGAGAAAUUGUGGAAAUGUGGGGACUGUGGGAAGGGUUUCAAAUAUCCAUCCCGGCUGGAAAUCCAUCAACGCAUUCACACUGGGGAGAAGCCAUUCACCUGCUCCAUGUGUGGGAAAGGAUUUAUUGAGUCAAACAAACUUGUCGCACACCAGCGAAUUCAUACUGAGGAGAGGCCAUUCAGCUGCACCUAUUGUACAAAGAGGUUCAGAUCUUCAUCUGAACUGAAUAAACACCAGCGAGUUCACACUGGGGAAAAGCCAUUCAUCUGCUCUGUGUGUGGGAAGAGAUUCACUCGUUCAUCUGGCCUUCAGUCACACCAGCGAAUUCACACUGAGCAGAAACCUUUCAGCUGCACCUCCUGUGGUAAGAGGUUCAGACAUUCUUCUGUUCUCAUUGUGCACCAAUUCACUCACACCAGGGAGAGGCCAUUUGUUUGCUCCUUGUGUGGGAAGGGAUUCACUCAGUCAUCCAAACUGCGGAUCCACCAGCGAGUUCACACUGGAGAGAGACCAUUCACGUGCCCCUUGUGUGGCAAGGGGUUUGCUCAGAGAGCCCAUGUGUCGACGCACCAGAGAAUUCACAGCGGGGAGAAACCAUUCACCUGCUCUGAAUGUGGGCAGGGAUUCACUCGGUCAGCCAGCUUGCUCAUACACCAACGAAUUCACAGUGGGGAGAAACCGUUCACCUGCUCAGAGUGUGGCAAGGGGUUUGCUCAGAAGAUCAACCUGUUAACACACCAGCGAGUUCACACUGGAGAGAAGCCUUUCAGCUGCAUUUCCUGUGGGAAGGAUUUCAGACGGAAAUCCACCCUCAUUGUACACCAGCGAGUUCACUCUAGGGAGAGACCAUUCACCUGCUCCGUGUGUGGGAAGGGAUUCACUCAAUCCGUCAACCUAAAGACACACGAGCGAAUUCACAAGUGAACCCUCGUGUCCCAUGGACAGAAGCAGUUCAAGACAGUUCACCAUCAUCUUCUCAACAGCAAUGAGGGUUGGACAAUAAAUGCUAGCUCACCCAACGACUUCCUUACACCAUGAAAUAAUUACAAAAGAAGGGCCGCAGGUGUUAGAUUCUGUUGUUUUUACCUUCUUGCUUCAUGACAUUUUUAACACAAAAGCUGUCACAUUCACAGAAGCCAAGGUUGUAGAAGGGAUUACAACAAAUGCUUUGACCAAGCAAUUUUUCAGUCUGGUCUUGUCAUUUUUGUCAUAUGUUGUGGAGUCUGACGCACCACACCCGACAGUUUCAGAGUUAAGAAUCGAGUGAAAGAUGACUGUAUAUAAUCCUUCACUUGGUUUGGUACUUUUUUUUUAUCCCUGAUGACCCCUGCAGAUAUGGAAACAAUUUGUCUGUACACAAGGUCAGACAGCAAGGUCAGCGAUUGGUCCAGACUGAAAACAAAGCCAAAAGUACAGCUUAUUUUUAGUCAGAGAAUUGCGCUGUACUACAGAUGCUGUAUUAGUAGUGCACACAGAAACUCAGCUACAAAACCUCAUAAUUGUUUGUGUCUCUCCUUGUCUGUAAGGGAGACUGUGUAGGACUGGGAUUCACAGCUUUUCGAGAACAAGGGAGGAAAAAUGUUUCCAGAAAAACUGAAAUGGUCUCUUCUAAAUUUCCAUGCUGAACUGAGACUGUUGACUUGAAUAAACUUUACAGGAUAUUAGGAAUGGAGGGUUCACAGUUUGGAAAUUCAAUGAAAUCGAGUCAAACAUUAACAGAACCACUUGAUCCAUCAGAACUGGUCUUUAAAUGUGGAAAGAGAAAUGUUUGUUCUGUAUGUCUAAGAACGAGUCAAGUAUCAGAGAUUGUGUGUAUCUUAGUGAUUAUCUGAGUUAGAGGGUUCCAGGGCAGCACUGACUGUGGAAAGAGCUUUAACCAGUUACACAGCUUGAAAAAAAUCAUCUCACCACUCACAGCGGGAAACACAGUACUCGUGUUGAAUGUGUGUGGGGGUGGUGGGGGGGUGGGG